UUUCAGGUAAAAAAUAAUGAAUCUAAGUUUUUAAAUCUCAGAACACUAAGUAAAUACUAAACUCUAAGUUUAUUAAUUUUUUUAAGAUAUGCAAUGGGUUUUGAUUUGAUAUCGUAUGGAGUUCUCCUUCUCCACUCACACAUAAACUGUUUGGUUGUUUCAAUGAAAGUUCUCCUUCUCCACUCACACGGGAUAGAUGACUCCCGGGAGCAGAAGUAGUUGGUCCCUCUACUUCCUCCCAUGAUAUCCAACCGCGUUCUUGACCCCUCGCAGUUUGGUAAAUUCUUUAACGCCGAACUGAAGUAGUCUGAAUUGGCUUGUCGAGUCUAAGGAGUUAAUCACUAACAAGAUUAAGGGGGAUUCAUAAAGAAAUUCUGGGCAAAAACUUUAUUUAUUUUUUUUAAAUCUUAGUACCAAUUAAUUUCACUUUUGAUUUAAAAAAUACCAAUAGUUGUCGAUCUAUAAAGUACACCGAGUGAGUCCCCAUUUCACUUUAGACUAAACUUAGUCCCAUCUCCAACAUGUCUCAAACACCACCACCGUCUCAAACCAUUGAUCCCUACAAACAUCUUCAUCUCCUCCGCAACCCCGACAACACAAUCACACGCUUACUCCAAGUUCCACACACCUCACCUUCAUCCGACACAACACUUCCAACCACCGUUCUCACCAAAGACAUCACAAUAAACCAAACUAACAAAACAUGGGUUCGAUUAUUCCUACCCAACAAACCACUUCCCAACAAUCAAAAACUACCUCUCGUCGUAUUUUUUCAUGGAAGUGGAUUUAUCUUAGCCAGUGCUGGUUCAACUAUGUUUCAUGAUUUCUGUGUGAAUAUGGUUGAUGAGAUUGGUGUUUUCGUUGUCUCUGUCGGGUACCGUCUUGCACCGGAGCACCGGUUGCCGGCGGCGUAUGAUGAUGCGAUGGAAGCUUUGUUUUGGAUAAAAAGUAUGGAAGAUGAAUGGUUGACACGUUAUGCUGAUUAUUCUAAGUGUUAUCUCAUGGGGAAGAGUGCUGGUGCUACCAUUGCUUACCACGCAGGUCUACGAACAAUAGAGGCUGUAAAGGAACUCGAACCAAUUAAAAUUCAAGGGUUAAUAUUACGCCAACCAUUUUUUGGCGGGAAAGAAAGAACUGAAUCCGAAUUAAAGCUUGUGAAUGAUCCAAUUGUUCCAUUGUGUGUUACUGAUUUAAUGUGGGAAUUAGCACUUCCAAUUGGAGCUGACCGCGAUCAUGAGUAUUGCAAUCCAAGGAUUUGGAAUGUUCUCGAGAAGUUCGAUAAGAUAAGGGACGUUGGAUGGAAGGUAUUGGUGAGUGGGAAUGAUGGAGAUCCAAUGGUGGAUCGUGAGAAAGAGUUGGCACAAUUGAUGGAGGAAAAGGGUGUUCAUGUUGUGAAGGACUUUGAGGAAGGUUGUCAUGCAACAGAGUAUUAUGAUCCAUUGAAAGCUAGGAAAUUAAUUGACUUAAUUAAAGGGUUUAUUUCAUAAUUUGGUGCGGUUAGGGUGAAUAAUAUGUACCAAAAGUUUGUAUUGUAUGAGGAUUUCGUUGUUCUCUACAUGUUACUCUGAUUUCAUUGUAUGAUUUUAAUAGGCAAGCUAUGGUUGAAAUUACAACUAUUUUGCUUUAACACAUUAUCAUCUUUUAA